UUUGUUGUGUAUAUUCCUUUUCAAUCCCUCCGUAUGUUCUUCUAUAUUGCUUUUAUUGGAAGCGGUUCUCUUGGGGGAUUUAUAGCCACAUCACAGCUGAUUGGAGCACUGGCAAAUUCAUCAAGAGCUGUUGAAGUUCCAGAGAUCGCACAAGGUCUUGCUAUAGACAUUGGAGCAGUCUCCAUAUUUUCCUUUCUUUAUUACAGGGAGAAUAGAGCUAAAAAUGCUCAAAUAGCUAAGCUCUCAAGAGAAGAGAACCUCUCAAAUCUAAAGCUUCGUGUGGUUGAGAAGAGAAUUAUUCAUGUUAGUGAUUUUAGAGGAAUUGCUUGUUUGGACAUUCUUGCUGGUCCUUCAUCUUUCAUUUCUGAGUGUUUUAAACUCAGUGAACCAUUUACUAAUGCCCUUGUAGAAAGAGGAGUGCUUGUUGUUCCAUUUGCCACUGAUGGGAAUUCACCUAGUUUUGAGUUUGAGGAAAAUGAAGAGAUGAGGGAAAAGAAUGCCCGGAGAAAAAGGCUAUGGCAGCUUUCUCCGGUUUAUGUAACUGACUAGAUCAAGUAGGAGGAAGCUUGAAGAUGAAGAUUUGCUUGAGCUAGUUUAGAGAGCUCCCGGCUCUAAUAUGUGCAUGUCUUGCCUCUUGGGGCAAAAAGCUCUCUAGAAGAGAUUCUUGGGGUAGCUUCUAGCCUUAGGGGCCCAUUCGGGUUUUGUGCCAUGAAUGGUGGAGUCUUUAUAGGCUCCAAGUAUAGCACACACUCGGAGUUGGGAGUGUCUUUAGCUUGGCUUGGAUCCAUAGGGCAAGUUUGAUGGAAAAGAGAGAGCAAAAUAUAAAUUUUCAGUAUCCUCCAUGUUACAAGGAGCAAAUAGGGAACUAUGCUACAAUGGCAGCAGGUCCCAAUUAGAUGGAUGGGAUGGCAUUUCACUUGAAUAUUCUAUUGAAUGGUCAUUGCAGUUGUUCAUUACACAGGAAGUACUCUCAAAAAUCAGCAUUUGUUGCAGAUGCUAGCUGAAAGAGAUGAACUUAAUAUCAAGG